UCCUAGUCGGAUUCGUUAACCACUGAGCCACGACGGGAACUCCGGAAAAAAAAAUUUUUAAGAUGAUUUUAGAUUCUCAUGUAGUUAUAAGAAAUAAUAGAUCGGUGUACCCUUUACCCAGUUUUCCUCAAUGGAGACAUCUUGCACAACUAUGGUAUAAUAAUCACACCUGAAUAAUGAUAUCAAUAUAGUGCACAUUUCCCCAGUUGUACACGUUACUCACGUAGGUGUGCACUCUAGUACGUACCAGGUGUGUAAAGUUUGGAACGGUUGUAGCGUAGGUAUCCCCUAUAUCCUAUACUGGUCGGUUCCAUCCCCGCAAAGCUCCCUCCCAAUUCUCUUUUGUAACCAUCUCCAGCUCCCUCCUGCCUCCCCAUCCCCGUAUCUCACCCCUGGCAACCACUCUUCUGGUCUCCAUUUCUACGAUGUUGCCUUUUCAGGAAUGUCACAUGAUGGACCUGGAGUGCAUAACCUUUGGGUCUGGCUUUUUUACAUCCAGCCUCAUCCCCUUGAGAUUCAUGCAGGUUGUUGUGUGUAUCUCUAGUUUGUUCCUUUCUUAUUGCUUAGUAGCAUCCCAUGGUAUGGAUAUAUCACACUCAAAUAGUCACCUGUUGAAGGGCUCAGGUUAUUUCUAAUUCCUGCCUAUUAUAAAUAGAGCUGCCAUGAACAAGAUUUUUUUUUAUGCUCUCUGUAAAAAUUAUGUAGCAUACUUGGGUCCAACCUUAGAACAUGAAGCAGGAGUCACUGUCACUCCUUGGGGAUAUUUUAUUCUUUCAUUUGUCACUCAUUCAACAAGUACUUUUUGCACUACUUACAUUCUGCUAAAAAAUAGGUGACCGAACAUUACAUUUGUUGACUCUUGGACUUGGGUGGCCUAUGGCUCUCAAUGUCUGGCUUCUUUGGAGAAAAGCAAGCUAGAAGUCCAAGGUGUGGGCCUCAUUUAAGCUCCUGUGAACUCUGGCAGGCCCUAAGAAUUAACCUUUUGGGGUUUUACUUUCCGAUUCUUCCAGACUAAUUCAGACUUUCUAUAACUUUUCAUGAUGAUUAAAAAUCUCAUUGACAAUCCUACCAAUUGGUUUUGGAAAUUAUUUUGGAAGCAGAAGAGUAGAAGACAUUUCUGCAGAAGUUUUUUAAAAUCUGCUUUUCUUUUCGUAAACCUGUAAGACAAUGACUUAGACGCCUAGGAAGAUAUUGGGCAUUUUGCCAGAGCAUGCCUGGGUAAGGGGAAAGUUGAAAUCCCCAUUUUCCUUCUCUUUUCCAUCGCUGAAGUGGGUUUAUUUCCAGCUGCUUUCAAACAAACUACGUUAUUAGCUUGAGCCCAUACGGAAAGUCUGUUUAUUCCACUCUGUUGAGUAAAUGCCCUUGCAUUUGAGUUUUGUUCAGAAUUACAGAAGCCUCUGUCCUCAGAGAGACUGAACCCCACCGAGUAGACCUCAUUGGUGUUUUGCCUUCUAGAUUUUGGGGGGCCACAAAGUGCUUUUCCCCUUAGCAGGGACCAUACAUUGGACACAGUUGUGAUUUCAGUGUGGACAGGGUGUGGAUUCUCUUGACUCCGAUUGCCCUUUUCUUACCUCCCGCUUGUUCCUUGACGGCCUUGAAGCAUCUUCUGACUGGAUCAGAUAAGAAGUAACAUCCCAAUCAGAAGAUACGGCAUUACGUGCACGCAAAUGCUGAUGUGGUGUUGUGCACAGAAGACUGUGGUGUGAGUAACUGGUGAGCCCCCGGGCUGACAGAAACUGGUUUCCUGCUCUCCUUACCAGCUCUGUGGAACUGUGGGAAGAAAUUCAAAAUUCGAGGUGACUUUUGGGGGUAUAUAUAUAUAUUUUUUUAAUGAAUGUGGAAGACUGGUGAUUUUUUGUGCUUCUGAUAUACAUGAAUGUAAUGAAAUGAACAUGUAAUACAGUUAAGCCCCGUGAGGUCAUUUAUUUUCCCUUGAAUCUCAGCCUGUAGUAGUGGCGUUUGGAAGCUACUAUUUUGGGGAGGAAUGUCGUUAUGGACCCAGAAUUUGAAAUGAAAAAGCCUUGCAGGCUGACCAGUGCUUCUUAAUCUCCUUGGUCUUUUACUCUCUCUUUUUUUAUUCUCUUGUAUCUAAGAUGAAAGAAAAAUCAGUAAGGCGGAGAAUACCCCAUCUUGAGAUAAGAUUGUACCCCCCCCCUCGUUUAUUUCAUUCUCUUUUGCAUCACAUUCAUGAGGUUCGCCACACUCUUUGUUUCCUCUCGGUGGCUUUGGCCUUCCUAAGGGAAGAAUCAGGCAGAAGGAAUCUGAGGCAUGUGGUGGUUAAGCUGCCCUUAAAGCCCAAGCUCUAUUUUCAGAUCAUUGUGUUGCACCAUCUCUGCCAUUAAACUUUCCCAAAGUCGAGUCUCAAUUUAUCUGAGCGCAUCCAAUUCUUUUCCUGGGGAAAUGUUUCCUUUCUUCUCUGACUGGAUCUCUUGGUGACGGUAGGUGAUACUCGGAUGCUGUUGCCUCUCAUCGAGUUUCUGACGGACGGAAGGAAACUAAGCUGUGUCUCUGACUGGUCCAGAGAGGAGGUGCACGUAGGAAUGCCGCUGUAGGCAUAAGAGACCUGUCUGGCAAGUAAUGCAGCAUCCCGAGAGACUCUUCUUCACAUCAUCCCGCAGACCACCACUUUCUCUAGGCGAAGGGCACUUAGGAUUUUGCUCUCAGCCACCUCAAACCUUGGCCUAGCCAAAGAAAAGAAGACUUCUGCUGCAGACCUGCACGCGCCAGCAUUUCAUUUCAGUUUUUGCAUUUUUUUUGGAUCCUCUGGGCCAUAGUCACUGUUGUUCAGCUUUGAGAAUUUUAAGCCAGGUUGGUUCCUGUCGUUUCUGUGUUCGCUUUUCAAAAUGAUCGACUUAAGCUUCCUGACGGAGGAGGAGCAAGAAGCCAUCAUGAAGGUUCUGCAGCGGGAUGCUGCCCUGAAGAGGGCUGAAGAAGAGAGAGUCAGACAUUUGCCUGAAAAAAUUAAGGAUGACCAGCAGCUGAAGAACAUGAGUGGCCAGUGGUUUUACGAAGCCAAGGCGAAAAGGCACAGAGACAAAAUCCACGGUGCAGAUAUCAUCAGAGCAUCCAUGAGAAAGAAGAGGCACCAGGUAGCAGCCGAGCAGAGUAAGGACAGAGAAAAUGGGGCAAAGGAAAGCUGGGUGAAUAACAUCAACAAAGACGCCUUCCCGUCCCCAGAGCUGAGCGGCGUUGUGCAAGAGCCCAGAGAAGACGUAGCCCCCACAAGCCCCAGUUCCAGUGCGGUAAAUCCAGCUUCCACCGUGAUUGAUACAUCCCAGGAAAACACAAGGAAGUCAGAUGCGUCUCCAGCCAAGCAAAGGAAGAAUCCGUUUAAUAGCUCCAUGUUGCCGGAAGAUCACUUAUCUCAACAAACCAAAAACGAGCAGUCACACAAUGGAAGGGCUGGUUUCUUUCAGACUUCAGAAAAGGAGUCCAAAGAAAAAUCAUCUCGCCCGGAUAUUUCAAGUCAAAAGUUAGAGAAACCAGAGCCGACUCUGCCAGGCCCUGAGAAAGGGUCCCAAAUCAAGCCUCCAAUCCCCAAAGCCAGGAGAAUGAUGUACAAAUCACCUGACCUAAAGCAAGAUGAUAAGCAGUCCCUUCCUAGACAAAGGACAGACUCCCUGAACACAAGAGGGCCUCCGCGAGGGAUCCUGAAACGCAACUCCAGUUCCAGCAGCACAGACUCAGAAACUGUUCGUUUCCAUCAGAGCUUUGAACCCAAAAGCAAAAUCGUGUCCCCUGGCCUAACCAUCCAUGAGAGGAUUUCUGAGAAGGAGUGUUCUUUAGAGGAUGACUCCUCCUCAAACUCGCUGGAGCCGUUAAAGCACGUGAGAUUCUCUGCGCUGGAAGAUGGACACCCACAGAGUCCAGAGCUAGUCCGUGGCCGUGAGGUGGGAGAAUUUGGUGUUUUAGAAUCUGACUCGUUGAAGAAUGGAACAGAAGAUGCUGGGGACGCAGAUGAGUUUUGGAAGGACCCUAAGCCCUCGCAGGACAGAAAGCCUUUGCCUUUUCAGCCCCCAGCCUCAAGCCCAAGUGCAUCAAAAAGUGACACACAUCAGCCAACAACUUCUGGUUCUUUUCCAGUUAAUGAGCACCAUUCUCCCAAAGAAGUUCUCACUGCAAGACCACAGUCCACUGAGAAUCCACACACCCUUGGUGAACACAAAGCUAACUCAUCAGAAUUGUUAAAGCUUGAGUCAACAUUGUCCCAAAACCCUGCUGAUGAACUGUCUCACACUGAGCCUGAGCCUUCUCAGGUGCCAGAUCACAGUUCUAGAGACCAUCAGCAAGGUAAGCCCCCUCCUCUCAAGGCCCUAAAAGCUAAGACGUCCUCACGCUCUGGUCCAUAUGCCACUGAGAUGAGGAAGACAACUGAUGAUUCCAUAUCUAAAGUCCUAGACUGGUUUAACCGAAGUUCUCAUUCAGAAGACAGUAAGUCAUCUCUCCAACAUCCCCGAGAAACAGAGCCCAAAGGAGAAACAAACUCAAAGUCACAGAUUGCGGUUGCCUUGGAGACAGAUGAUAGCAGUCCAAAAGAAAAUGGCUCAAAGGCUCUAUUAUCCACCAAAGUGAAAUUGACACCUGCGGUAUCUGAUUCAGCAUUUCAGAUGGAGGAAAAUAUGCUGCCUUCUGAAAAUUGCCAGGACCACAAGGUGAAUGUCAAACCCAAAUCUAUUAAUUUGUCCCAACAAGGCAAGGAACAUCCAGGCAUACUGCAACCAUUUGAAAUCUAUAGUCCAAAUCAAGAGAGUAAAACUGUGGACUAUAGCCAAGGUUCAAAAAACAUAGAAGGAACUGGGGUACUUCCUCCAACCCGUCACUAUUCUCACAGUGUUCACAAAGGAUCUCAUGCAGAAGGCCAGGCUUCAUGCCGCAUUAAGGAUGUUGACAGCUUAAGUGAACAAGAAGAGCCCAAGCUUCAUGUUUAUGAAAAAAACAGAGGAAAGUCGGAAGUGAAUUUUGAUUCUACAGCAAUUGCCGAAGAGCCAAGUUUGAAAGACAACAUGAAGGCAGAGAGAGAGAGCAAAGGAAGGGAUACUUAUAACCUUAAAGCUUCUUUAGAACCGGAGAAGACUGAACUGCCACCUGAGGUGGCCAGCAAUAAGUCUUGGAAGAAGCCCGAGGUCCAGCUACAAGAAGCUGGUGAGGUUUCCCAGAACCAAGUGCAGCGAGAGAAAUACAAAAGAGUGAGUGACAGAAUAUCGUUUUGGGAAGGUGAGAAAACUGCUGCUAAGAUAACUCAUAAAGAACCCACAUCUUCAUUCAGUCAGGAACGACCUUCUGCUAAUGCAUAUCCGCCUGUGAAGUCCACCAAUAGUUUAUCUACAGGCCAUAGUAAAUAUAAUAAUCAAGUCACUGCCAAACCAGUGGUCCUAGAUAAGGAUGGCCAAGCAGCCCAUCUCUCUGGUUUUUAUUCCUCACAUAAACCUAAAGAGACCAGGCCCCAAGUAUUAGGUCCAUCCAAAAAUUAUCCUUCAGCUGACCAACCAGGUCAAGUGUCUCUGUUUCGGAAUAAGACAACUGAGCCUGUGAAAAGAUUACCAGUGCCAGACCAUUUGCAUUCCGGAAAGGACACUACUUUACCGCCACUGCCACAUCCUUCAGAUGUUGGGAGUGAAAUACAUACCUCUUUGGAGAAAGACAGAUCUCAAAUCGAUGAAUCGAAUCCCAACUUUAAAGUUAUGUCCCUAAGAGAAAGAAUGGAUGAACCCAGUACAGAACAGGUCUAUAAUCACUCUCAAUUUGAGAAUCUGAGGAAGUUUUGGGACUUAGGAGCCCAGCCAAACAGUCAAGAUACUGUGGAGGAGAAUACUACCACCAGCGGCCAAAAAAAAUCUGUGCCUUUUAAUAGCCAGAAACACAAAGAAUUCAGUGACAUUAAAUCAUCAGGAAAAAAUACCCACGAAAGAGAGAAAACAGUUCCGGCAAGAGAGGAAACAGAGAAAUUAAAUUCACAGAGCACACUCCAGGUGUUACCAGAUGAAACCACAUUUCCAUUGAGACCACCCAGAAAGUCCACUCAUCAGUUGCCAGGAAAUGAAUCACCAAAGGAAAACAUGGAAAAAAAUACGGAACCGUUUGUUACUCCAGAGUUCAAGGAAGAAAAGGAUUACUCUGACCGAAAGAUGCAAGAGAUUCAGGAAUCCGUAGUGAAAACAAGUGUUUCGUCUAAGGACUACAAAGACACUUUUAACGACAGCUUGCAGAAGCUGCUUUCAGAAGCUUCGUCCCCAGGCAUCCAGGCUUCUGGUGGAGAAGUUCAUGAAAAACAAGUGCUUGAACCAGGGGUUUCUGAAAAGAGGAUAUGGCCUCCAAAGACAGAUUCUGCUGCUAUUGAGGAAGAAGCCAAAGGACUUAAGGAGAUCAUUCAUGAACAUAUAGACAAAACAGUAGCUCCUCCCAGGGUCAAACCGAACACUUUGGCUGCGAGUCUAGACAAACUCCUGAAGGAAACACCUGGAACUCCACCCUCGCCCUUGCACACCAAGUGUGAGCUCAUCACUACUAGGAUCAGCGCUGAGUCUGAAGAGCAUAGAGAGGUUGCAAAGGGGAUAGAAGGGAAUCCGAAUCCAUCAGUCUAUCAGAGAGAGAAAGUAGCUCCUUUGCCAGAGGGGGGAGAAACUUGGGGAAAGACGGCUCCCUCCCAGACAGCUCGGAGUGGUGAGUGCCCGCUGAAGGUGGCGAGCUCAUUUCGCGUGGGCGCAGAGGGUUCUCGCCCACUGGGUCAGCCUCCCCAGUGUCACAGAAAGGGUUCUUGCAGGGAUGUGGCCAACUCUCCCCAAGACAGGCCCUCUUUCAGGGAUGCUCAGCUUGCUCCCCAGGAUGAGGCAUUUCCUUCUCAAAGGGAAAUCUCAGAGACUGUAGAAAAGAUUGUUAUUCCACCCAAACCUGCACUGGCUGACGUCAGGGCUGCAUUACAGAAGCUCUUUAGAGAAGCCUGUUUGAGUUAUCCAGCUGAGAGGGAAGUCGUUUCUGGAGUAGUAAACGCAGAAUUUCCUGAGAGCGUGCAGGUCCCAGGUAGCCCCCCAGAUUCUCUGAGAGUUAGCCCACCAUGGGCUUCAGUGGACACCACAGUUCCAGAGAGAAAGAACUUUUGUGCCUUUAGCGUAGUUCCUGAUAAAACUCAGGAAGCUGGGUCUUGGUCAGCUGCCCACAUGUCUCCAACAGAGCAGACCCUGAGCUCAUCUGCUUCCACUGCUGCUCGGUACGGCCCAGAGUUACCUCAGGAAGUGACAGAAAGUGUGAGGGAGACAGUUGUUCAGCCUAAAUCAGAGCUCCUUGAGUUCAGCGCUGGCUUAGAAAAACUACUGAAGGAAACAAUUGCAACCCCCUGUUCAAGACAUGACAGUGAUCCCAGGGCUCUUGAUUCAUCUGAGCUAAUAGGUAGUACUGAGGUGCCCAGGCAAGCUGCUCCUGCAUUCCAUCCUAAGGAAGUAAAAGAAACAAUAAAAAAGUCUGAGGCCCCAUCCAAAGCUGAGGGUGCUUUUGAUAUUGGUUUUGAGAAACUCCUUAAAGAAACAUCUAACAGUUGUUCUUAUCAGCUCCCAAUGUCAGUGAAGGAUGAAACUCCCGAGAAGGAGCUUUCCCAGUCAAGGCAGGCGAGGUGCCUGGGGAAAGUGCCCCCCUUUUCCUGGACAGCCUCAGGGGCCUCUGGAAUGAAGCUCAAGAGUCAUGCUUCCCGGUCCCACGUCAACCAAGGUGGUGAAGAGUUGGGAAGAGACAAAGCUGUGACUGAUGGAUCCAUAGAUCUCUGUGGUUCUGAAAGUGGGAUUGAGAUCCCUGGCACCGCACAACUGUCUGUGGACCAUGCAACAGGGACCACUGAAAUGAUAAACCCCCCAGAGGACAGGGAUAGUGAGAGGGAGGUGGCAGUGGUUCAAGAAGGGGCUUCUCAGGAGCCGGGUUUCAAAGAGGCUCCUGAAGCAAUUAGUUUGCCCAGAAGUGAGCAACCCUUCUUCCCUCUCCUGACGACCGCAGAAAACUCUAUGAAAAUAAGUAAAGUUGAAUUGAUUCUGGCAUCACUGUAUAAGAGAGCAGGGAAACAUGAAGAAAAAGAAGGCAUCUCUGACUCUGAUUUUGCAGAUGGAAACAUCAGUUCUAAUGCAGAAAGCUGGAGAAAUACCUCCAGUUCAGAAGAAGAACCCAGUCCUGUUUUGAAAACUUUGGAAAGGAGUGCUGCUAGGAAAAUGCCUUCCAAAAGUCUAGAAGAUAUUUCAUCAGAUUCAUCAAAUCAAGCAAAAGUAGAUAAUCUGCCAGAAGAAUUAGUACGUAGUGCUGAAGAUGAUCAAAAAGCAGAUCAGGAGCCAGAUACAAAUGAAUGCAUUCCAGGAAUUUCCACAGUGCCUUCACAGCCUGAUAAUCAGUUUUCCCACCCUGACAAACUCAAAAGGAUGAGCAAGUCUGUUCCAGCCUUUCUACAAGAUGAGAGUGAUGACAGAGAAACAGAUACAGCAUCAGAAGGCAGUUACCAGCUCAGCAGACACAAGAAGAGCCCAAGCUCUCUAACCAAUCUUAGCAGCUCCUCUGGCAUGACGUCCUUGUCCUCUGUAAGCGGCAGUGUGAUGAGUGUUUAUAGCGGAGACUUCGGCAAUCUGGAAGUGAGAGGAAGUAUUCAGUUUGCAAUCGACUAUGUGGACUCACUGAAGGAGUUGCAUGUCUUUGUGGCCCAGUGUAAAGACUUAGCAGCAGCGGAUGUUAAGAAGCAGCGUUCGGACCCAUAUGUAAAGACUUACCUGUUACCAGACAAGGGCAAAAUGGGCAAGAAGAAAACACUUGUCGUGAAGAAAACGUUGAAUCCUGUGUAUAACGAGAUACUACGGUAUAAAAUUGAAAAGCAGAUCUUAAAGACGCAGAAGCUGAACCUCUCCGUUUGGCAUCGAGAUACAUUUAAGCGCAAUAGUUUUCUAGGGGAAGUGGAACUUGAUUUAGAAACUUGGGACUGGGACAACAAACAGAAUAAACAAUUGAAGUGGUACCCUCUAAAGAGGAAGACGGCUCCAGUUGCCCUUGAAGCAGAAAACAGAGGUGAAAUGAAGUUAGCUCUCCAGUAUGUCCCAGAGCCAAUGCCUGGUAAAAAGCUUCCUACGACUGGAGAGGUGCACAUCUGGGUGAAGGAAUGCCUUGAUCUACCACUGCUGAGGGGCAGCCAUCUAAAUUCUUUUGUUAAAUGUACCAUCCUUCCAGAUACGAGUAGGAAAAGUCGCCAGAAGACAAGAGCUGUAGGGAAAACCACCAACCCUGUCUUCAACCACACCAUGGUGUACGAUGGGUUCAGGCCCGAAGAUCUGACAGAAGCCUGUGUAGAGCUUACCGUCUGGGACCAUUACAAGCUAACCAACCAGUUUUUGGGAGGUCUUCGGAUUGGCUUUGGAACAGGUAAAAGCUAUGGUACUGAAGUGGAUUGGAUGGACUCUACUUCAGAGGAAGUUGCUCUCUGGGAAAAAAUGGUAAAUUCCCCGAAUACUUGGAUUGAAGCAACCCUGCCUCUCAGAAUGCUGUUGAUUGCCAAGAUUUCCAAGUGAACCCAAAGUCUGCUGGCUCCUCCAGUGAAAACUACUAAGCAGGUGGAAUCUGAUCUUGAAAAUCUGACUGUGUAGACGGAGAUCCUCACCCUCUAUUGCCACUAAAAUGCCACACAUGUCAAAGUCAACCUGCAUGUACUUCUUUGGUUACAAGGCCCAAGAGACUGAAAUAGUAACAGAAUGUGUAACUUAUAUUUGCAGCUCCAACAUUAAAGAAGAUGUUUCAGAAAGCUAUUUAAAUCAAACUGUUGCUGUUGCUUCAAAGAAAAGGCUGCCAAAAAACAAAAAUUAAAUAGGGUGAAAAAUUAAGUUGUCUUUUUGCCAUCAUGGGUUUCACACCACAGUCUUGUGGUGUAGGUAGGAGGACCUGUCCCUUGAUCCUUGAAAACCCUUCCAGGAACUGAAAAAAUGUUGGUUGUGGAAAAGAAUGACAGAAAGAUACUCCUAUGAGGGGAAAAAAGGCAGAAUAUCACUGUUGAUAAAGAAGUUGACCAUGAGGAAAUUAUUCUGUAAUCUCUACUGAAAUACGGAAUUCCAGGAACUCUCUUGUGGCACAGUGGGUUAAGGAUCCGGUGUUGUUGAUGCAGCAGCUUGGGUUUGAACCCUGGCCUGGGAACUUCCACAUGCCAUAGGCGUGGCCAAAAAAAAAAAAAGAAAGAAAAAGAAAUAUGGAAUUCCAUGCUGGGGGAGUAAGACUUAAUUCUACUGCAUGUGUUUCUGCCUUGAGAAACGUUCCCUUUUCCCAGUGUUAAAAUCUCAAAUGUGCUUUGGUGCCACCCACUGGCCAUAGGUGGAAUUCAGUUUUGAGCUUAAUUAGUCCUAAGUCUCAAGCCUGUAUUUUGUUAUAGAGCACGCCCAUAUGUUAAAAAAACAAAAACGAAACCCUCACAUAUAUGAUUCUGUUUUCCUUAUAUCUCUACUACAUUGAAAGCAGCAUGAGCGUGGUCACAGACAUGCCCUGCAACAAAGUUUUAAUUUGAAUGUAAAUUGUUAAAUUAUAUUGUACUUCUUAUGUAUGUAUAAUAUAAUUUUCAUAAAAUAUUUUGUAAAACCCUUAGCAUAAAUUAUUAUAUGAUUAA